UUUUGUUUUUCGUAGUUUCAAGUAGAUAGAAAGAAUGGCAGAAAACGUCAACAUAACAGCACCGUUGAGGUCAUUUCAGUCCCACUUUGUUGUGGCUUCUAACGCAUAAGUCUGACAACGGCGUACUCCAAGAGCGUACUAUACUCCUCAACAUUCUCGAAAUUUGCGGAAAGCUGAAUGUUCUCCUACAAAGGAUUUCGCGGGUAAAUCUGCUAAGAUCUCCAUCAAUGAUUCCAUUGUCAAGGUAUUGCGCUGGCACGCCUUCGCAUUUCAAAAGGAAACGGCUCUUGAAUGGAUCCUUUCAUCUCCCAUGAUAACAAUCUUGAUGUGAGCGCUGCUAUCAAUGCAAAUGCUAAAGAACUCUGGGCUAUCUCCGCUGAGAUGAAAAAGACAGUUGCACACAAGAGAGCAAGCUUCAGCCACAGUAGUUUCAAGUGAUACUUCUGUCGUCUCGAUCUUGGCAUGUUUGGCAGCUUCGCCGAUUCCAGUGAAGCUAUAAUGAAUUCUUCAUAGUCAUGUAUUCUUGCCAUCAGUGGAGAUCAGGGGAAAACAAUUCCAUACAAAGAAAAUGGGAAGGUAACCCUAUCAUGCGAUCACCAUGUUGUUGUUGGAACUGUUGGAGCCGUUUCAUUUCGUCACUCCAAGACCAUCUUCGUCUAUCAAAAUCAGUCAAGGAAGGUACUAAGCUCACGUGCGAGCUUUCAAUGAUUGUUGCAAGGUUCAUUUCUGAGUACACCAUCUACUUGGCGUGCGCAGUAAUUUCGGAGCUUAUGAUAAUCAGCUCAGUUUCAAAAGGAUGUACGUGUGUGUCGAACCAGCUAUCGAUUGCAGCUGAACAUCAGAAGUCUCAUAAAACCAAGCCACACAAGUGCGAUGGGUGCGAUGGGUUCGUGAUCAAAACCAGGCUUUCAAAAGCUAUUGUAGCUCCAACGGCUGCUGCUAAUCGCUACCCAGUCCCGGCCAAAACGGCAUCGUGUAAAUGGUGUCUGAGAGUUUUUGUUGUACUUUACCGAACUCUUCCUCAUUUGAUCUUAUUCUAG